AUGCUUGAAGGUGUACAAGGUUUAGCGCGUCGACUAAUGAAACAAUGUUUUGAUUUUCCGAACGAAUCCCUGGAAAAAAUCGAUGAAUUUGACCUUGAUCUAGUUGUUAUCGUCGAUGAGAGUAUUAGAUCUGAAGAUAAACGUACGGAUAUUCUUGAACAGUUAACUCAAUUAUCAUUUGGUGGGAUGAACGUUGAAAUAAUGCCAAAAUUUGAUUUAACGGAAUAUUUUUAUGUGCGUAAUGUAACACAAAAUGAAUUAUUGAUUUUGAAAACAGAACCAAAUGUUGACGAUGUUUAUUUGUUUUACACCGAUGAUUGUUUCAACGAUAUGAAAAUUGAAUCUGUACGACCAUCAGUACACGCAUUAGCCAAUGGGCUAUCAUUGACUUGGUCACUGUCAAACAUUAAUGAUCCAGGCAUACCUCAUGCCAGUGACAAACCGAAUAGUUCGCACAUUAUUGAGAUAUUUCAAAGGUGGCUGCAAACAAUAUGA